GAAAGGUUGCUGCGGUGAGGAGAUCAAGUUUGAUCAUGGGAAUGAAGUGCUGAGGGAUGCCGGAGACCUCACCAAAGGCCAGGAGCGGUCAAAGAUUGAAGUAGAACUCAGUGGGGGAGGUGGAGAGAAACUGGCUUGACGGCCGUAGACUUUAUUGGUGUCAGAGCUUCGGCAGCCAUGGCGGUUGGAUUUGGGGACCCCACCAGCGGCUUCCGCUACACUGAGGUAAUUCGGCUUAUCAACAAUGAAAUUUUAAUGAAUGGUGGUGGCCAAGAUUUCUACUUGACCUUCCGCUCGCGGUCCUGGAAUGAGAUAGAGGACGGCCUUCAUAACAUCUUGAGUGACCCGCACAUGCCACGCAACCACAAGAAGGCCUGCGCCUGGAGUGCGCUGGCCUUGGCGGUGCGGGUGGUUGCGAGACAGCGAGAGCAACACAUACGACAAGUCAGGCGGCUGAAGGAACAGCUGAGAGGCCGUGAGGCACUCUCUUGGGCUUUGGCUUCGGAGCUGCAGCAAGUGCGUCAGCAGCGAGACCAGGCGACCACACAGUUGCAGCUCGCAAGGUCUGCCCUGCAUCAGGCACAGAGUGAAUGUGAUAUGCUCCGGAUGAGGCUAUUCCAAUCUGAGAGGUGUGCACAGGUUGCCCUGCUAGCACAAGAUAUAGUGCCUGAGCCACGAGGUGAGCAGUUUGGGGCUGCAGCAUGGCCCCUAAAUGCAGAGCAACAAAGAGAUGUGUGGGCCGUAGGAGAGCAUGACAGGUCGCUUUUUGAAACCCCAGUGCCAGCCCCAAACAAUACUAUUUACAUGCCAGAUUUCUGGGCCCCGAUUAUGCCACCGCCUCAUCCUGUCCUAGUGCCUCAGUUUCUCCCACUCCAGGCACCAUUGCCAAUGGGAUUACCACCCUUGCUGCUUCCAACACCUGCAGUGGUCACAGAAACAGGGACUGGAGGCCCAUUUCAGAGGCCUCCUGUGGGGAUAUACCCACCUAUCCAAUCUGCUAUAGGGGGUUUCCAGGAGGAGAUGGUACCACUGUGGGACCAGAGUUGCUACAGCCAGGUGGAAGGCCCUGUGAUGCUACAAGGAUCAGUCCUCCAAGGGGACAGAAGCCUCAGCCAGGAAGAUCUGCAGAGACCUCAGGGAAUGCCUCUCCUUGAGGAAAGGGGAAACAGUGGACAAGAGGAAGAUCAACAGAGGCCUCUGGGAAUGAUACCCCUGGGGGACGGAAGGAACCAUAACCAGGAAGAAGGUCUACUGUGGCCCCAGGGAAUGUAUUUCCUUGGGGAAAACCAGCAAUAUAGCCAAGAACAAGAUCAAGAGAGACCUCAGGGGACGGCUUCCCUGGGGGACAGCAGAAAGUACAGCCAGGAAGAUCAUCAAGAGGGAGCCCAGGGUAAGGCACCCCCAGGUUUCAGAGGUAUUCACAGCCAGGCGGAAAAUGUGGAGAAGGCUGAGCUGUGCACAACAUAUCUAGGCAUCAGCAGGAGCCACAGCAAGGCAAAAGGUACAAAAUGCAUUAAAUCCAUGACAUCUCCAGGGACCAGAAGUCCAAUCCAAGAAUGUGUAGAAAAAGCUCAGGUUGUGAUAUCCACAGAGUUAAGUGGAAUCCAGGAAGAAGAUCAAGACAGACCCCAGUGCAUGAUACUCCCAUCGUUGAGAAGUCACAAGCAGGAAGAAAAUGUGGAGAGAACCAAGGACACUGCUAGGUGGAAGAGUUGGAGUCAAGCUGUGAAAGAAAGCCCCAAGAAACAGCAGCCUCAGCAGCAGAAAGUCAAGGAAACAAAAGAGAAAAAAGCCCUGGAAUCCCAACAACAGAAAAAGUCUGUUUCAUGCUAUAGUCCAGUGAAUUGGGUCUGUGCAUGGUGUAAAGUGAUGAAUUUUCCAUGGCACAUGGCCUGCUAUAAGUGCAAGAAGGUCCGUAGGCCGGAGGAGACUGGAGAUGUUGACCCAGGACAAACUCACUAAUUUCAGCAAGGUGGUGGAUUCUUGAUGGCUGUUACUAACGUGGAUACCCUGGAGAAGCUGAAGUCAUGAAGCCUUUCCCCUCACCCCUUUCUGCUUUGUUCUUUCCUAAAAACAUGCAUGUGAUUGGUAGCAGCCAUAUGCUUUUACAGUUGUAAGCUACAUUGAAUUUUAGAAACACCA